AUGGAGCGCUUUAGGAACAUGCUCCAGUCCCAGGGCCUCGGUGGCCUGGGCAGCCAACCCGGAACGGACAACACACAGCUUAUCGACAACUCCGAGACCGUCUACAUCUCCUCCCUUGCCCUCCUCAAGAUGCUGCGACACGGCCGUGCUGGUGUUCCCAUGGAAGUCAUGGGUCUGAUGCUGGGAGAGUUCGUCGACGACUUCACGGUACGCGUGGUAGAUGUUUUCGCCAUGCCCCAAAGUGGUACCGGCGUUAGUGUAGAGGCCGUCGACCCUGUUUUCCAGAUGAAGAUGAUGGACAUGUUGAGACAAACCGGAAGACCCGAGGCCGUCGUUGGAUGGUACCACUCCCAUCCCGGUUUUGGAUGCUGGCUUUCAUCUGUCGAUAUCAACACCCAGCAGUCCUUCGAGCAGCUUACCCCGCGCGCUGUCGCCGUCGUCGUCGACCCCAUUCAGUCCGUCAAGGGCAAGGUUGUCAUUGACGCCUUCCGCCUGAUCAACCCUCAGUCCCUUAUGCUUGGUCAAGAGCCCCGGCAAAGCACGAGUAACUUGGGCCAUCUCAACAAACCAUCAAUCCAGGCCCUCAUCCACGGUCUGAACAGACACUACUACUCCAUCGGCAUCAACUAUCGAAAGACGGCGCUCGAGGAGAACAUGCUCAUGAACCUGCACAAGCACGUUUGGACCGAGGCGUUGGAGAUGAACGACUUCAGGCACGAGGGCGACUGCAAUAAGGAGCGCUUGGAGCGCCUUGUCAGCCUUGCGGAAGGCUACGAGAAGCGCGUCAAGGAAGAAACCGAAUUGACAAAGGAUCAGCUCAAGACCCGCUAUGUUGGCAAGCUCGACCCCAAGAAGCAUUUGGAGGACGUUGGUCAGCAGUUGAUUGAAGACAACAUCGUGUCCGUCUCGAGACAGAUGAUCGACAAGGAAGCGACGAUGCCCAAGAAGGACGGACCGGCGGGCGGCAAGGAUCAAUCAAACGGUGACUCGAUGGACGUGGAAGAGGAGUUGUGA